UAUUAGUGUCGAAACAAGAUUCCCUCACUUCCUUCCAAACUAAACGCUCCACCAACAUUUAUUCCCAUUAUCCCAUCCCAAAAGGCAUAUGGCUGUGGCAUACUCUGCGUUUCUCUGUUAGCACCAGCUACCAGCAUGACCCUCUCCUAAAUCUUCUCUUCUUCCUUCUUCCUUCUUCUUUAAUGGCAUCACUAUCCCUUCUCUUAAACCUUCUCUUCUUCCUCCUUUAAUGGCAUCACCAUCACCAUUUCCCCUCUCCUAAACCCCACUUCUUCCAAUGCCCCAUCUCACUCUCUUCCUCUUCUUCUUCGUCUCCAUCUCCAACAUCACCCAUUCCCAUUCCCAACCCCAACCCCAACACCCAAACGACGCCGCUUCACUCCUCUCCUUCAAAUCCAAAGCAGACCUCGACAACAAACUCCUCUUCACUCUCCAUGAACACUUCGAUUACUGUCAAUGGCAGGGUGUUAAAUGUCAACAAGCUCGUGUUAUCCGCUUUGCACUCCCUAACUACUCCUUACGCGGUACUUUUCCCCCCAAUACUCUCACACUUCUCGACCAACUCAGAGUUCUAGUCCUUCGCAAUAACUCACUCUUUGGCCCUCUUCCUUCUGACCUCCAUACUCUCUCUAACCUUCGUUCUCUCAUCCUUGACAAUAAUUUCUUUACUGGCUCCCUUCCACCUUCCAUUUUCACCCUCUACAAGCUUCGUGUUCUACAAAUUUCUUUCAACAAUUUCUCGGGUUCUUUGUCUCCUCAGUUUUUGAAUCUUGAUCGUCUUACUACUCUUAAGCUUCAGUUUAAUGGGUUUAAUGGCGGACUUCCCGCAUUUAACCAAACUGCUUUAGUUUUCUUCAAUGUAUCUGGUAAUAAUUUCUCUGGGAAGAUUCCUGAUACUCCUACUUUGUCCCAAUUUCCUCGUUCUUCGUUUGCGUUAAACCCUAAUUUAUGUGGGGAACUUAUUAAUUUGCCAUGUGAUUCUCAGUCCCCUUUCUUUGAUUCUUCUUCUGCAACAAAUCAACCAUCCUCAACAACACCGGAAUCUUCACCUUCAUCCGAUCAAUCUGCAGCUAUUCUUUCCCCUCCAUCAAAUAAUUCCCGCCACAAAAGAAAGAUUAUUAUUCUAGGGUUUUCUCUUGGUGGGUUACUGUUAGUUUCUUCACUGCUGUUCAUGAUUUUAGCAGCGAAGAAAAGAACAACAACGCAAACAACAACAGCAACAAUGGCGAAUGGAUCAAAAACAAGAGAUUAUAUACAAUCCGCAACUUCAACAAGCGGACCAAUUUCCGAACCCGAAGUCAUUAGGGUUAGGUUAGAUUCACAAAGCAACGAAUUGAAGGAUAAAUGUAAAGAAAUUGUUGAAGGAGUUGGGGGAAUGAGGAGAGAAAAGAGUGGUAAUCUGGUGUUCUGCGGCGCAGAGGUGAAACUGUACACCUUAGAACAGCUCAUGAGAGCUUCAGCUGAGAUGUUAGGAAGAGGUAAUAUGGGGACCACAUACAAAGCAAAGCUAGAUAAUCAGUUAAUCGUGACCGUCAAACGACUUGAUGCGAUUAAGAUGAGUGGUGUUAAUGGCGAGAUGUUUGAAAAGCUUAUGGAAAGUAUUGGAGGUUUAAGACAUCCUAAUUUGGUUCCAAUUAGAGCUUAUUUUCAAGCUAGAGAAGAACGGUUGAUUAUUUAUGAUUAUCAACCUAAUGGUAGUGUUUUCAAUCUUAUUCAUGGAUCGAGAUCGACACGAGCAAAACCUCUCCAUUGGACAUCGUGUUUAAAGAUAGCAGAGGAUGUAGCUCAGGGGCUAGCUUACAUUCAUCAAGCAUCAAAACUUAUCCAUGGCAACCUAAAAGCCUGUAAUGUCCUUUUGGGCACAGAUUUCGAGGCUUGUGUGACGGACUAUUGUCUUGCUACACUGUCAGCAGCGUAUGCUGAUAACGAAGAUCCCGAUUCAGCAAGAUAUAGGGGUCCUGAGGCCCGAAAUUCAUCUUGGAAGCCAACUCCGAAGACAGAUGUUUAUGCAUUUGGUGUUCUGUUGCUGGAGCUUCUUUCAAGCAAACUGCCAUCUCAACAUCCAUUCCUUGCACCUCACGAUAUGCUCGAUUGGGUGAAGGCAAUGAGGGGUGAUGACGACAACUUUGAAGACAACCACCUUGCAAUGCUAGUUGAAGUGUCGGGAUUAUGCAGUUUGACAUCCCCCGAACAAAGGCCUCCAAUGUGGCAAGUGCUGAAGAUGAUACAGAAAAUAAAGGCCAGUGUUGGAUCCGAUGAUGCUGUUAAUCCUACCACAACCGGGUAUUCUUAGUGAUUAAUUCUAGCAGAAAAGUGUUUAUUUUGCAAGUCGUUGUUGCAUUUUGGACGGCACCACCUUUGAGGUUUUACAUCGAUGCCAAAGCCUAUAACAGAUAAAGGGUAUAUGCUUUCUAUGCAAGCGCGCGGGCUCUUUUAAGAGGGAGUAGCAAGAAUUUUGGUAAGAAAAAGGAAGUGUAACUAGUAAGUCCAAUACAGGUGAAAUGAAAGGUACACUGUAUGUCUUAGGUACAAUCAUUUUCAAUGAAGAAAAAAUAAAGAUGAGCAUCCAUUUGGAAAGGAAUUACUAAUAUUGCUAUCAAAAAGAAAAAAGGAAUUACUUAUAUUUACUUAUUCAAACAAUGUAAUUGUACUAAUAUGCUAAAAUGUCUGAUUUUCCUUUUAAGAGACCUUCUCUAAUGGUUUCGCACAUUAUUUUUUUAAAAAAUAAAAGUAGAAAAUGUAGUGUAAUUGCACGCUUUUUUGGUAGGGUUUUAUGAUACUUUAAGUAGGCAUUUAGGCUACAGUAAGUAGGGGUUUAUAGUAUAUCAAGUAAGUUGUUAUGUGUCGUUAGUGAUUAGGUUAUUUGCUAUAAGGGUUUAGUUGUGUGCUGUAGGUGUUUAGGUUAUUUGCUGUUGGUGAUUUUGUUAUGUGUUGUAGGUAUUUUUAUUAUGUGCUAUAGGUGUUUAUAUGUCCACUUCAGCAUGCAAAAAUACUUACUGUAACUAAU